AUGGAUCGUUUUUUGCAAAGAAAGGCUCCAGUACCCAGCUCUGAUUCUGAGCCAUCAACUUCAUCAUCCACAAGUACCUCAGCAGAGAGGGUAGUGGAGGCCAGCACCAAGUCAAGGAAAAGACAGUAUGAUGAUAGAUAUCUGUCAUAUGGUUUCAUCUGUACAGGGGUUUCAUCAUGCCCUCUCCCUAUGUGUCUGAUAUGUGGUAUGAAAUUAUCAAAUGAAGCAAUGGUUCCAAGCAAACUUAAACGACACCUGACAACAAAUCAUCCAUCACUAGCCAGCAAGGAACCAGAAUAUUUCAUUCGUUUGAAAAGUCAACACAAACGACAAGAGCAAGUCAUGAUUAAGAGUGCAAAAGUGUCAGAGAAAGCACUGGAGGCUAGCUAUUUAGUGGCCGAGAUAGUAGCUAAAGCUAAGAAGCCACACACAAUUGCGGAAACGGUCAUUUUGCCAGCAUGCACAGCUAUUGUCAACAAAAUGCUAGGCCCACAAGCAGCAAAAGAAAUAGCAAAAGUUCCACUGUCUGACAGUACCAUUGGAAGGCGAAUCAAUGACAUGUCUGCAGAUAUUGAAAACCUGGUUUUUGAAAAAAUCAGAUCUACUGGGAAAUUUUCCUUACAAGUCGAUGAAUCCACUGACAUAAGUGGGCAUGCUCAGCUCUUGGCAAAUGUUCGAUUCAUAGAUGAGGACCAUAUCAGGGAGACUUUUUUUUUUUGCAAACCGAUACCUGAGAAAACAAGUGGAGAGGAGAUUUAUCGUGUGACAACGGAGUAUCUUGAACAGGGCGGAUUAAGCUGGAAGAACUGUAUCAGUGUCUGCACUGAUGGCGCUGCUGCCAUGAUGGGUAGUGUCAAGGGCUUCAUCAGCAGAGUAAGAGUUCAGAACCCAAGUGUGCGAAACACUCACUGCUUUCUUCACAGGGAGGCACUAGUUGCAAAGACCCUGCCACAAGAACUGUCAGAUGUACUGGAUGGAGCAGUGAACAUUGUAAAUUACAUAAAAAUGCGGCCCUUGAAGACACGUAUGUUUUCAAUUCUAUGCGCAGAAAUGGGAGCAGAGCAUCAUAGCUUGUUGUUACACACCGCAGUCCGCUGGCUUUCACGGGGAAAAGUCUUGGACCGAGUAUACGAGUUAAGAGAGGAAAUCAGAACAUUUCUAAUAGGACAGAAGUCUGCAUAUGCAGAAUUGAUGGAAGACACGCAAUGGUGUGCGAAACUUGCAUACCUGGCCGACAUUUUUAGACAUCUGAAUGAACUGAGUGCUAAAAUGCAAGGUAAAGAAGAAAAUCUUCUCACCUCGUCUGACAAAUUACGUGGCUUCAGAUCCAAGCUGACACUCUGGCGCUCCUUUGUAGAACAGGGCAGCCUUGAGAUGUUUCCCCUGUGCAAUGCACAUUCAAAUGGCAGCAUACUUUCUGAUCUUAUCUCUCAACACCUCCAAAUUCUUGACGAAAGAUUUAGUCACUAUUUUCCAUCUGAAGCUUUUGCAGAGUUUGACUGGGUCCGUAACCCUUGGAGUUCAUGUGCAUUGGAUAGCUCAAAAGUCUUGCCACUAGCGGCGCAAGAGCAACUGGCAGAGAUCAGGGAAGAUCGCACAUUAAAAAUCAAAUUUCAAGAUGUGGCUUUGGAUACGUUUUGGGUAUCAUUGAAGUGUGAGUACUCAGUAGUUUCAAGUACCGCCAUUGCAAUUCUGCUACCCUUCUCUACUACUUACUUGUGUGAACUGAGCUUUUCAAGCCUAACCUAUAUCAAGAACAAGUAUAGAGAGAGACUUAGGGCUGUGGACCAGGAGCUCCGUGUCUGUCUCUCAUCCUUUCCUGCCAGAAUAGAGCGAUUGUGUCAGUCGUCCCAGGCUCAAGUAUCCCAUUGA